AUGAGCAAAAAGUUGACGGUUCUUGCACAGGAUCACCUAAAUGUUUCGUUGUCUUUGAAAUGGUUCAUUGUGGGGUGCAAAAGCAAUAUCAGUGAUAUCAAAAGUCGAAAGGGCAGCAGACUGUCGUAAGUGAUUGAUAUUGUAGGGUUCUUUGUCUGCCAUGUUGCUUCGUGCAUUUCAUUUUUCUUUCCUUUGUCGGGUCUUCGAGCCGGGUGCUCCUAUCCUGAUUGUUGUUUUGCAAUGCUUGGCACGAUGCCCUCAUUUCCUCGUCGAAAAGGAUCUUUCUUGCUCCGUCAUAAUGACUACUGAGUCCGAAACCUUUGAUAGCAAGUCCGUUGCUAAUCACCUCCCUCGUACGACACACUUUCUACGUCCGCAUGGACAGCAGAUUUCAUCCAAUGCAGACCACCAUCCGUAGUGUUCUCCUUUCUAUCAACCAAGCGGGAACGUACCGCUAUUCUACCUUG